AUGAGGCAAACGAGCGCGUCGACCGAACGGACUGGGCAGCAGCGUGGGGAGCUUAUGGAAUCGAUGUGGCCAAACCCGAAACAGAUUCCAUUUCCUCUCGCCAGCAGCUCGACGUUAGAAUGGCAGAGGGUCGCUGGUCAUGUGCCCGAUCACUUACUCUGGCUAGUCAAGAGGUUCACGUUUCCUGGUGAGCUUCUUCAGAUCCUGGACCCGUCUGUUUUAGUCCAUUGGAUGGCGGAGAACCGGCACGGCUGUUUGGUAGAUGGACUGCGGCUGUAA